AUGAAGGACGAGGCUAUAAGUUCUUCAGGGGACCUGUUAUUGCCGCCCAGAUCUUCUUCUCCGCCUCCUAGCCUCACUCCCGCUGCCAGUUCUGUAGGGACAUCAUCUUCUGCUGUUCCUACAAAUGCUGGCAGCACAGACUGGUUUGGUCAAGCUCAGAACUCAAAAGGGGGUUCUCCUUCUCACAUUGGGUUGCAGCCCAUGUGGACUUCAUUGUGCACUAGUGCUGGUGAUUUUGUUCUUAGAUCAUCUCAACCUUCGUGCAGAUCUGGGAAAGAGGCUGCUAGUGCAUUGGGCUGUGCCAGAAGAGGAUGGGUGAAUGUGGAUGUUGAUAGAAUCUGUGUUGAAGAUAUGGGAAGGCCACCAAAUGGUGGAUGCAACUAUGAGGAAGUUGUUGAGUUUGAUCCAAUCAAGCAUCAUAAUCACUUCUGUCCUUGGAUGAAUGGAAAUGUUGCCGCAGCUGGCUGCAGUAGCAGUAGUGGCUCUGGUUCCAGUGCUGGUGCUCAGGCACUAUGCAGUUGGCAGCUGACACUAGAUGCUUUGGAUGCUUUCCUAGCACAAGUUCCAAUUCAAACCAUGGAAUCUGAAUCAGCUGCAUCAAUGGACAAGGAUGAUCGUCUGACUCCUGGUCGAAAACUCUUGGUAAGCAACUCAUUCAGCUAA